GGAGUAGGGUUGGGAGCCAGGGAUCUACCUCUGCCACCCUUUGCCUGGCUGCAGCUUCUACACCUCACCCCAGGCCUCCUUUCCUCCCAUUCCAGACUGGCGGCCAUCGCUCUGCUGGUCCUGGAGGAGGAGGAGAGCGCCUUCUGGUGUCUGGUGGCCAUUGUGGAGACCAUCAUGCCGGCUGAUUACUACAGCAAGACACUGACAUCAUCCCAGGUGGACCAGCGGGUGCUCCAGGACCUCCUCUUGGAGAAGCUGCCCAGGUUGAUGGCUCACCUGGGGCACCACCGUGUGGAUCUCUCCUUCAUCACCUUCAACUGGUUCCUCGUGGUCUUUGCAGACAGUCUCAUCAGCAACAUCCUUCUCCGGGUCUGGGACGCCUUCCUCUAUGAGGGUACCAAGGUGGUAUUCCGCUAUGCCUUGGCCAUUUUCAAGUACAACGAGGAGGCGAUCCUGAGGCUGCAGGAUGGCCUGGAGAUCUACCAGUACCUGCGCUUCUUCACCAAGACCAUUUGCAACAGCCAGAAGCUGAUGAACAUCGCCUUCAACGACAUGAACCCCUUCCCUAUGAAGCAGCUGCGGCAGCUGCGGACGGCCCACCGGGAGCGGCUGCAGGCUGAGCUGCAUGAGCUGGAGCAGCUGAAGGCUGAGUACUUGGAGACUCGGAACUCCCAAGGCCCAGCGGUGCCAGAGGGUUGCACCAGUGAGGAUGAGGGGGAGGGGGAUGCCUGACUUGGCCACCUGCCCUCCCCAAAGCCCUUUCUCCCCUUUGGCUGUCAGGCCCCCAGGAGGAUGGCCGUGGAACAGUGGUCCAGCCAGUGAGCCACAGCACCGCGUGUCGCUGGGCAAGUCCCUUCCCCUCUCUGGGCCUCAGUCUCCCCAUCAGAACAUUGUCUGCUGUGAAGCCCUUGUUUGGGACUCAUAAGCACAUACCCAGGGAUGCCACCCCUUUCUCACUUCUCCCACAGAGCACUUUAGCACACAGACAAGCAAGAAUGCUGACUUACUGGGUAACCUGAACAUUCUUUAAGUUUUAUCUGUAUAAAACAAUGUAAAUAUUGGAAAUAGUUGA